CACAUGUUCAAAAAACGAACGAACCGCCUAAAAUCGAGGCCAUCGAAGAUGCUCUGUUUGGCAUCUCUAAAAAUGAAAUAUAUAAUCCUAUUGUGACAGCAGAAGAAGUCCUCGAUGAUUUGAUUGCUUCAUCACUUUCAAGGCCAGGCAAUAAAAGAAUUAAAAGACCUUUAAACAAGUUUAUGGUAUUUAAAAAAAACUUUAAAAAGGUUAUAACCACCUCGACUAGGGUUAUGACCACCUCGACUUCAAAAAACACUCCCAAUAAAUAUCGUAUGAGAGAAAUCACUCGUGCUGCAUCUAGAUUUUGGAAUGAUGCAACAAGCUUUGAGAAAGAACCAUUUGAAAAAAUUGCCAAUCACGUAAAGAAACUUCAUAAAAAGAAAUUUCCUACUUACUCAUACACGCCUACCAUGAAAAAACCGCAAGAUCCCUUCAUUAAUCUUACGGGAACAUCUUCAAACAUAGGACUGGUUCCUCUAGAGCCUGUAGAAAAUUCCUCAAAAGAUGAUGUAAAACAACCUGUCGAAGAACAAAGACCUUCGAUCGUUUCGGUUGUCCCUCAACAAGAAAGUAAUUUAAUAGACUCGGACUACUUAUUUGACGGUCGCUUUUUUGAAGAACCCGUUUCUUUGGUUGGUAACGAAGUUACAAAUGAUGCAGAGAAUGCUCAACCUUAUCAUAUUUAUAAUUCUAUCAACGAUUUAUACUCUGAGUCUAACAACGACACUAUGUUAUCUUAUCAUUAUUUCAUUAAUAACAUAGAAUUUGAUUCAUUAUUUAAUUUUGAUGCUGCAAGCGGUGCAAGCGGCUAG